AUGUCGGACGGCAUGGGGACCCGCUGUGAGGGUUUUUACCCUGGUGCUCGGCCAGGGCGAGGAUUGGGACUCUUAAUGCGGAACUUUACGCCAACCGCACUUGCAAAGCUGGCCGUGAAGCAGAGAGGAAGCGGCGAUUCAGAACAAGGGCAAGGUGCUGACAGCAAAGACAAUACUGAAGAUGUUGACGUCGAUGCUGCAGAUGAAAACGCUAGCGAGAAUGCGAACGAUCCACCAGCUCCAUCAAUGGCCAAGAGACGACGGCUUGACGAUGAGGUGGCCGAACCUGAAAAGCAGGAAGACGUGAAGCAGGCCGUUGUGAUACAGACUCUUGUUCCGGAUGGCACGAAAAAACAACGUGCUCCAGUGGUUAGUUCGAUUUCGGGGCCAGCUUUUCAUGAUUGCAAAGGUGAUCCAGUGUUCACGUUUGGAAACUACGCGACGUAUUACAACUAUCGAACACAUGAUGGUAGGUUAGAGGCUAUUGCCAAACACCUAGACUUACGAGGAAAGCAUAUGCUGGACGUUGGCUGUAAUGUCGGUGACGUGACUUCGGAGCUUGCGCGUAGGGCCUUGUUUUGUUCUGCUGCUGAACAGACUGGAGCAGGAGAAAAAGUACGCGACACAUCUUCAUUUAGUUUUAGUUCUUCCAAUCCGGAAAUCAACAUCAAGGCUGCAUCCCCGCCGAUAGUUGUAGGAUGCGACAUCGACGCUAGCCUGAUAGCGAAAGCUGCAUGUCGUCACCUUUAUCCCGGAACAAGAGAUAAUGCUGAGCUAACCCUAACAACAGAGUCCUCUUCCAGCUCCUCAACUGAAGUUUGUUGGAGGUUAUCAACUCCUUUCUUCGACGUUGCGAAUUUCGCGACCGCAACACACGACAUUCGCUUUUCGAAGCGCUAUGGACUGACUUUUCAUGAACGAGUGACUGAUGGAUGUCAACGAAGUGCGUGCUGCGCUCGAGGUCCUAAUACAGCCGACGAUCGUCGCGACCUUCUUUUCAACGUGGUGUUUGCGUUUUCGAUUACGAAGUGGGUUCAUUACCAAUUUGGAGAUGCCGGCCUGCAGCGGUUUUUCGACCAAAUUUACAUGAACCUUGCCGACGGUGGGCAUUUUGUGCUUGAGCCACAACCUUUUAGCAGUUACCGAAAAAAGAUGAAACUCACCGCAGAAAUUGAGCAUCGCGUUUCUAACGAAAUCCAACUACAUCCCGGAAGCUUCGUGCGAUACCUCACCGAACCCGAAUCGCUGCGUCCGCCACCAGCACCCUCAAGGCAAACACCGCGCGACGACGACGAAGCUGCAAGGGAGUUUCGGCAAAGUCUUUGCUUGUCGAGUCAUCCUGCGGCUGGUGGUUUCGUUCUUCUGCAAAAGAUUCCCGGAAAAUCCCUGUCGGGUGGCUUUGAUCGAGAUAUCCUCAUUUUCACGAAGCGCGACGAGCUGAGGACGACAGCAUAAUGAAACAUUACAUUGAACGAAAAACAUCCCGCCUGCAUCCUCGACGUCGUUCCCUUGUCCAGACCUUUCAUCCCACCAUGAAUUUCAGCGAUUCAGCGGCAACUACUACACGCAUAUAUCGUUUCUCUCAAACUCUCCCCUGGGUUUGCGGGUGCUACUGAUAAACUAUAGCAAGCAUGAUCAGCCUCAUCAUGCAGUAGAGCAGGCCAAGAUGAACUGUGCAUGAAGUAUAGAGUACAUCAGGAUCAGAUUCUGGACUUU